ACUAAGGCAUAUGACGUUUGAUAUUCCUGCUGCGGAAAAGAGGCUGCCAUAGGAAGUGACGAAACCGAAAGUGUGCCCUGCGAACGUGUCCAGUUUAUGCACAAAUCGAGUUCUGGCGAAACAACUCACGGGUUAAGAUGUCAGUAGUUGGUAUACAGUUACUAUUGAGAAUCCAACUAGACACCUCACUCGGCGCCUCUCGCCGGCGAAGCGAGGCAACCGCACCUGACUCAAACUUUUUCCUGGCGUGCGCGCCUUUGCCAUGGCAACUUUCAACAGCCGCAAUGCGGUCGGGAUGUGCAGCAAGUUGACAUUGCAAUAGAGGCCCUUACUCCUCGUGGGCGCGCGGGCGUCGCGGUUGGGGCCCUCAAGCGGAGGACCGAACGCGCGUUGGCGGAUCAAGAAUGUCAGCCUUGAUACAACAUGUGGAUGUCCUCGUGGUCGGGAAGCAGAAGGAGUCCGAGGUGGUCAGCAACGCCCUUGCAAAGGCACAUUUCACCGUGCUGGUUGUUGCACCGGGUGCUCGGGAUGCUCCAUCAGGCACACACCAUGAAGUGACCCCAGGAACCACUUUACGGACAAACCGAUUGUCACCGGAUUGUACGACAACUGGUGCACCUUGUGCUUCGGGGUAUCUACAGCUUCGUAGCCUCGAUUUGGGCCAGACCGAGCAGCCGCGUCAGCCUGUUUGGGUGGCGCAGUGUACAGUGGAGCACGUGGUGCGAAGGGAUGUGGAGGCCGUCGAGGCUGCGGCGGUGGCCACGCAGGCCACGGCGCAAGCAGCUCAAGAUGAAGCGGCGAGGCAAUAUGAAGUGCGCGCUCGUUUUGUGAUUGUGGCAUCACCAGGGCCACUACCCUUCACCCCGCACAAGGUUGCUGAGCUCAUUACGCAGCACCAGCAAGCCACAGUCAACACUGCGGCAUGCUUCCGUCUAGCACACGUGGCGGAGGUGACGCCAGAGACACUUCUGGCUAGCGCGGGGGGCGUCACGGUCCUUGGUGCCGGAUCUCAAGCAUGGGACACAGCGAGUGCCACGGCGCUGCUGCUUCAAGACAGUUCAUCGGUCCAGCUUAUAAGCGAGCCCGGCGGGGCAACGCAAACUGCUGCAGAGAUGCCCAAUCAACAGCUGCUGUCCUCCGCCCGUCGUCGUGCGCUGGCCGCCUCGCUGCAGCCGCACUACACCGCGCCGCAGCCCGGGCCGCUGGGCAAGGCGCUGCGGGCGCCCGCCAAGCGCCGCUUCUGGGCGCUCGUCAAGGACAAGCUCACGUUGGGGCGCGGAGUUGGAGGCAGUAGCAGUGGCAGUAGCAGCAGUGGCGCGGGGGAGCACCUGGUGCUGUGGGCGCCCAGCCUGCAUGACCCCCGCUUCAUGCCGUUCCUGAGCGCCCCGUUGCGGCAGGCACUGCUGGGCGGUGCGGAUGGGGCCGAGGGGGCUGGCGACAUGGUUCUGUACCGUGGCAUGGUUCACCCGGACGUGCCUGGCCUGGCGUUCAUGGGCCUGGAGGCUCACGCCGGCAGUAGCCUGCUGAUGCUGGAGCUGCAGGCGCAGUGGCUGGCGGCGCACCUGGCGGGUCGGCUGGCGCUGCCGCCGGCCGCCGCCAUGCGCGCUGACGUGGCGGCCCAGCGUGUGUGGCGGUCCGGCGCGCUGGCGCACCCGCUCACGUCGGUGGGCGGCUCGCUGGCGCGGAGCCACCGCCGCCUCUAUCUGGAGCAACUCAUGCGCGAUAUUGGCAGCAGCACCGUGCUGACAUCCGGGCGCAAUGAGGACGCGGCAGCAACAACAGCGGGCCGCAGCCCCAUUCUGCCACGGGCAGCGGGGCAGCAGCAGGAGACGGCGUGCGACGAUGCGAUGCUAGACUCGGUUGCGGAGGACCCGCACUGGCUGCUAUCGACACAGCAGGGGCCCGGCACCACGCAGCCAGAGGCGGGCUACGCGGGCGAGGGCUCUCGGCGCUCCGCGCCCCUCCUCAGCAGCACUCCGCAUGGAAAGCUACCCAGCUUCCGUCGGCCACCCCCGCAGCGCACCAGCGCACCUGCGGCACUACGGGCGGCGGCCGCCAAUGCCACCUACGCCGGCGGUUCUAGUAGCUCUGUGCCGCUGCCCACCCACGGCCAGACCACGGAAGACGGGCGGGGCAGUGGCGCGCGCAGCUCCGUGGCAGGCAGCAUGCGCACCAGCAACCGAAGCCUGUUUCGCAGCGGCAGCAGUGCCAGCGACCGCAGCAGCAGCAAUCGCAGCGGCCGCAACAGCGUUGUGUCAUGGGUUUCAUCAUGGGGCCGAAGCAGCCGGCCCAGUGGCAAAGCGCUCUCGGCGACGCCUGCAGACAUUGCUACUGCUGCGCCGACAACUCUGGCGGCGGCACACGCUGCAGCAGGGGCCGCGGGCAACGCAUUUACCGCGCCGCCAAGCAUAGCGGAGGUAACCGCAUCGUCCGUGGCCCGGACCACUGCUGCAUCCCCCGGAAGCCAUCUGCAACAGCCGCAGCUAUCUUAUGCUGCUAUGGAUGUGGUUGCAGCAACCUCGGCGGCGGCGUCUCCAGGGUCAGCCCCCACCCUGCUUAGACCACUCGCCCACAGCACACCCAUACCGCUCAGCAGCUCGCCCGCACAGCUGUCCAUGGUGACCGCCCGCAUUGGAGGACCGCAACCUCCAGAGCGGCGACUGCUGCGACGUGUGCGCACCGCCCUGCUGCUCAGUGCCUCAGGCGCCGCUUUAGCGACGGCCGCCGGCUUCAGCCUCCAGGCAACAUUGCCAGACCUGGAACCAAAAUCGCCGCCGGCAGCUCCACGGCCAUGCAAAGCUACCUCGUCAGUCGGUGGCGGAGAACGGCUUGGCACCGAGCAGAAGGCUCACACUGCCGCCACCAACGGCCGCGUGCUGCCAGCAGGCUACGUGCGCGCAGUGUCCUACACAUCUCUGGCGGCCGCAGGUGUCGGCGGUGGCGCGCGCCAUUCCUCUGCAGGAUUUGUCUCGGCGGCCGCCUCACCUAUGGGGCCGUCGCCGCGGCAAAGCAGCGGCGCCGUGAUGCACUGCCGCAUCACGGCUGGUGCAGCAGGCGCUGGCGCAACCGGGCGCGCGUCUCUUGGCUCCAGCGGCACCCGUGGCAACACACACACCGCUCCCGGCCAGCUGACAGGAACCAGCAGCGAUACGCCCAGGACCCAUACCAGCCAAGUGCAGCCUCCUGUCGGAGGCAGCGGCCGAAGUGGGCCGCGCGGCAGCGGCACCUCUGGCAUCAGCAUGGCAGUGGGCGCGCUCCGCCGCACCCAGAGCGCGCGGCAUGCCGCGGCUUCCGUGGCGCCUGCCUUCCAUGUCGGUGCCCGGUCGCCAGCUGGCACCAUUCGAGAGGUUCUGCCAGUUGUGCAGCACUUGACACCGGUAGCACUGGGCAUUACCGAUGCGGCCACGCAACCAGUGCCGCUGCAGUGUGGUAGCAGCAGUGUUACCGCAGCGCACGCCGGAUCUCAGGCAUUCGGGCACCAGAGCCUGCUGCAGCCCACCGCCGCCUGCGGCUCUCAGUCUAGCAGGGCAGAUGCUGCUACGUCUUCAAUGUUCCUCGCAGUCUCUGAUGCAGCAGUGCGUCGCAAUCGGACACAGCGUGCAGCAGCUAGCUGGAGCAGCAACAGCUCUGCAUUCUCACCGCUUGUACAGCAGCAGGCCCUGUCGCCAUGCGCAUCUCAUCAAUCGCUUGUAGAUCGGCUGGCCUCUGCAGAAGACGUGCCAGAGCUUCAGUUACUGCUGCCGGCUGCGCCGAUGGCCUCAGGCCCUCGCAGCAGCCCCAAUCACCCGCACAUCGGAGCGGCCGGCGACUUAAACGCCUAUCAGACGAUCAGUGCCGAGAGGGCUGGCGCGUGGCCACAUGGUUCCCCGAUCGCCGCGCUUGCGGGUCCCCAGCCUGUGGUGUCUACCGGGGCGGCUGCCGCUGCGGCGUUGCUCAACAGCCGCUUCACGGCAUCAUUUGGGGAGCCUGGUGCAGACCUUGGCAGCAGCAGCAGCAGCAGCAGCAGCAGCAGUGGCACAAACGGUGCCCCCACUGGCCAGAGCACCAACGGGACCGGAGGCGGGCUACAUGGCAUCCUGGGCUCCCUGACGCUAAGCGGUGACGGAGGUGGAGGCACUAGUGACGCCGCCGGUUUGAACCGCCGCCUGGCCACAAUUCCUGAGAAGCACAGCGCUUCCCUGUCCAGCGUGGCUGCAGCUGCGCUGCUGGGCGCUGAGGGGCCCGGUACUACCGGUACUGAGGGGCCCUCCACUGGGCCCUCGACAGGGCCGUGCACCGGCCCAUCCGCUGGCGCUCGGUCCACUUUGGCGGCAUCACACGUAAGCCCAGGCCCGACCGCAUGCAGCGCUGUCGGCGAGGAGGCCGCUACGCCUGCAAAUGAGGCCGUGGAGCCACAAGAGGCGGCCUUUGACCGCACGUCAGGGCAGGCAUGGCUGGCUGAUGGCCCGGACCAGGCCCCGCCAGCUGCUUUGACCGCUGUCCCUGUCAUGCUGAGCACGCCGCCUGCUGCACCCUUGUCACUGGCGGCAGCAGCGGUGUCACCUGUCGCCGGAGCGCCAGAUGCCGCUCCGCGUGUCUCGCCAGCGAUAGAGACCCGCCUCAACCCGAGAGGCCUGGAGUCCGCCUCGGCGCAAUUUCCCAUGGGCGGCACGCCGCCACGCGCCAACCUGCGACCUGUGGACCUGAGCCAAACGCCUACCAGGGGCGCGACAUCGGCCACUCCAUCUUCAGUCGCGUCAGCGCGGCCCGCUUCCCUCCGGGCAUCCGUCGCGUUGCGCUUUGAGGACGGGUCGCAGUCCCUACCCACGGCCCUGCAGCGCACCCCAGCCCCCGCCAGUGCUCUGCGUGGCGUGUGGCAGCAGCUACCGGCGGCCCGCACCCACCUGGCGUCCAGUGCCGCACCCAGCUCGCACGUAAGUGACGGCCUGCCGGCGGCUCAUCCAGAAGUGCGACGUGAACGCACCUCUUCCCCCGCACCCCUCAUGACGCCGCGGGUUGCGGUAGCCCGCGCUUCGGCCGCCGGCACCUGCACCGCCGCUUGCGCUGAGUGGCCACUUGCUGUGUCACCCGGCAUGCGCCUCAUGCAGCGUGCGCGCCAGACUUGGAGCGGCCUCGCGGGCAGCAGCGGCCGCAGGAGCGCCGGAGGCGAUGGCGGGCGCAGCAGCGCAGUGCGGUUUACAGCUGACACGUGCGCAAUGCGCUGCGCGGAUCUGUCGGCCGCUUGGGAGGGCUACGGAGGCAGUAGGGCGUGUGGCUCGCAGCCGCAUGCCGCAUCUUCUGGAGGAGUGACUGGUGCCGUAGACCAGACUGUGGCUGCAACCGCGGUUGCAACUGCCACCACAGCCGGCAUCAGUAGCAACAGCGGCCGGCGUCAGAGGAUUAGCUGGGCCGGCGGCGCUGCGGGGAUCAGUGCGAUGCUCUCGCGGCCCCUUUCCAGGCACAACAGCAGCAAGUGCCGCUCUCUGGGCGGACUGCUAGCGGAGGCGGCAGAGGCAGCGGUGCUGCCGUACAGCAAGCGCCUCAGCGCCGGCGCGGGUGGAUCAUCUGCUGCGGCAACUCCUAUGGACAGCACUCCUGCAGCUGGCGGAGGCAGCAGCAGCAGCGUCGCUCAGCUCACGUCACAGCCGCGCAUGUAUGAGUCGGCUGCCUCCAACCACACCAUACCUUCGCCACCAGCAUAUGCAGCUGUGACCAGCGGGAGUGCCUAUGCAGAUGCCCUGCACACACUUCAGACCCGAGCGGUCACGCUGUGUGGCAGGCCCGCUGCCGCCCUUGAAUGCAGCCCACGGCGCGGCAGGCACGCGGCUGACAGCACGGCGGCAAGCCUGUCAGUCCACCGUACUCGCGACUCGCAUGCCGGUCCAUCCGCACUUGCAGAUGCGUCCCCUGUCAAGUGUGGAGGGCUGCUAGAGUCAGCCUCGGCAUCACCGUCGUGGGUUCCGCGCCCUGUCGGCCCGACUACCGAGCGGGGCGAGGCUAACCCAGCGUCGCCAGCGCAAUCAGUGGUCAGAGGGGGACGCGCCCAUUACCGCACCGCACCGCACUGGUCCCUCGCUGCCUGCCAGAAUGCGCCCCCGUUUCCGGGCGUCAGCGCAGCAGCUGUGGCACAACCGUUGGCAGCGGCGGCAUCUCGUCCUCCCAUCGCAGCAGCGUUUGCGACGUCAGCCAGCGCUCUGGCAGUGAUGGACAGUGAGGCCCUGCAGGCGUGGUCGACACACGCCUCACUACCGAUCCCCGCAUUUGACCCGGCGGCAUCGGAAGCCGACACAGCCACAGCCGCUGAGACCUGGAACAUGCAGGUGGGACUCCACAUGGAAGGGGAAGCCAUCGGUGCCGACCUGGCCGGUGGUGGCUCCCUGGAGGUCAGGCUACAGUGGCCGCAUCAGGCGCUCGCGAUCCCGGAUGCCUCGAGGAAUGCGGUUCAUCAAUCCUCGCCGGCCGCUCAUCAGCCCCUGGGUGGUCAACAGGCCAACGGUGCCGUUGCCUCGCCGUACAUGAACCGUGUGAUGGAUACUUUCGGCGAUGAUUGCCCCAACAGCGGCAAAGCCAGCCGCCAAGGCAUGUCACCGUGCAUUUCGCCGAACCUGACGCCGAUCCACCCACAACAGGCAGCCGCAUUGGCGUCUGCACACCGCCUGCAUGACCGCAACCUCUCGCAGCAGCUGCAGCAGAGGCAGGUCACGGUUACGGCCCCGGCUGCUGGCUUGGCGCGGCAGCGGGGCAGCCCUGCACAGGUGGUUCGGGAGGCGAGCCGUGUAAAGCAGGAGACACUGGAGAGGGAGAUUUCGAGCUGGCUGCGUGAGGCCUUGGUGGUGCGCAGCCGGCUCGGCUCGCCGGCGUCUGGCGCCGGCUCCACCCGAUACGCGGCCUCGGCGCAGGCCUCGCCAGGUGUGCGCGGCGACCUGUCCAUUGCCGAAGACAGCAUGCGCCUUGCGGCGGUUGGCAGCAGCCUGCACAGCGCAGCAGGUGGCAGCAGCUUGGGUGCAAGCCUAGGGAACGGGCGCUCCUCCCUUGGCGGCGGUCCCGGCGGCGGCAGGCUUGCAGCCCACGCCAGCAGGCCGGGAACGGGCCUUACAGACUACACAAGCUCGCCGGCUCUGCACACAGUAGAGGCCAUAGUUCUGACGUCUGGGCGCCCCGUGCCGGCGCGCACGGAUGGGAGCUUCAGGGCGACCGGCGGGGGCAGAGCUUACGCCGAAUUGGGCACUGGUGCAGCAGGGCCGAUGGGUGCCCGGCGGCCGAUCGAUAGUGCAGAGGCUGGCGGGCUGGCGCCAGGUAUGACCAGCAGCAGGAGCGCCUUCUUUCGAAUCUGGGGCCCACCUGCGGCUACCGUUGAGUCGUCCGUACAUGAAUCCACUGGAGCAGAUGCCACCACACCACCAGCGGUGGAGGCCGAGACAUCUGGACCAGCGCCCGCGUCGGGGGCUUUCUGGGCAAAUAAUUUCAGCGGGAGUUCCUAGACACCAGGGGCAGACCUAGCUAUUGUUCAUACUCAGUGGUUGUAAGGCCAGCGCCCGAAUGCUUUUGGGCCAUGGCUCUCGUUUGAUUUCGGUCCACCAUGGGCUGCAUUGGUGUGUCUCACGUGACGUGGACGGACUGGAAUUGGGGGCCUGGGCGUUGCCUGACAUGGUGACACAGUUUCUUUUUUCGUUUUCCUUGAUUCGUUGCUGGCGAGCAUAGCAGUGGUUGUCCUGUGGCUGCUGUGCUUGUACUUAACAGCGGGAUGCGGCUGAACACACGGCGGGCGGUGCCUGUACAAACUGACCCCGGCUAUGUCCAGGCGAUGAGGUUGUUUGGCCUCAGACUGUGGAGGGGCUCAGCCCCUUUUCCCGUGACCGGGGAACACUUGUCUUGUCGUUAUCCGUGUAUGGAGUCAGUCUUUACGCUUUGCUUUUACUUCGUGAUGGUUUGGAGGUUGCGAGUGUGACUGGCUUGAGCAGGAACCGCAAGUAACCCAUGGGCAAUAAACAUUUGCAGCUGCUGUUGGGGUGCCUCCCCUAGUGCAUGCACGUUGCAGGAGCCGUUUGGAUGGGACGGCGUGUGGGGAGGUCUGCCGGUCUCCCAUAAUGCACAGGCAUACAUGAACCGAGGGUGAGUUUGACCAUGAUUAUGUUUGAAGCAGCACCGAAUGAGGUGCGUACCCUUACCUUACUUUGUGACUUGAAGGGAUACAUACUCAGUUUGACGCCAACAAUUAUCUUGACAACAGGAGGGAUUAAGCAACCCAGACACCGGACACCAGUGCUUCUGAAGCCCGUUGUCAUGAAAGAAGGACCCGUUGAACAGCACCUUUGUGUCUGGACAAUUCUUCCACGCCGCGCAAGUCCUUGCACAGAAGAGCCGCACACAUGUGCUGAGUGUGCGGGAUUGCGAGAACUAGGGGUAAAUACCGGUAACGGUAAAAGCUAGCUUGACGUGACGGUGAGGUGCGGUCAGUGCCAAUAAGUAGAUGCCGAUUGUAAGUCGUGUUGCUUCCGUCCAUUUGAUUGCGAAGGCACGGAGGUAGUGAGCAAUGGGGCGUCACGUUGUGGUUUUACAUCCAUGCGGCCGCAAGGUGUGUCCACAAGGCCCGAACUGGGGCAUACUGGCAUUCAGGUGUUCCAGGCCUUUAUCAAAUGAACACUGCAAGCACUGAAGCACGGCUUGCAUUUUCCAGGAUGUGAUCAUGUGAUGGGACAGGGUAAGGAUGCGGUUUGCGUAGUCCCGUGGUGUGCAACGUGUGCCCAGACCCCGGCAUUUAACAAACAAGUUGCAAUGUCGAGGCAUGAGCGCGACACUGGUCGAGCCUCGAGCGCCGGAGUUACUGCACCGAGCAGUGGCUGGCUUGAUGGCAGGCUGGUAGCUACACGCUAGCUCUCCACGCUCCGGGCGCCCGGCCAGGCGAUAGCACCAGACUCAAUACGCAUAUUCCGUUCAUCUUU